CCCGGCGCAGCUGUCCCAGUUGUCCGCGCGCCUGCCCGCCGGCCCCCGGAGCCCAGCCAUGUCCUGCUACAUCUACCAGCUGCCCGCCUGGGUGCUGGACGACCUGUGCCGCAACAUGGACACGCUCAGCGAGUGGGACUGGAUGCAGUUCGCCUCGUACGUGAUCACAGACCUGACGCAGCUGCGGAAGAUCAAGUCGAUGGAGCGGGUGCAGGGCGUGAGCAUCACACGGGAGCUGCUGUGGUGGUGGGGCAUGCGGCAGGCCACCGUCCAGCAGCUGGUGGACCUCCUGUGUCGCCUGCAGCUCCACCGCGCAGCCCAGAUCGUUCUGAACUGGAAACCAGUUCCUGAAGUCAAGUCUUCUUCCCUAGACUUCCCGGAUGCUGCAAAGCCAGGAAGGCUGCUGGCAGCUUCUGUAAGAAACACUGAAGAUGAACAGGAAAAGGGGCCAUCCGUGAGGCCAGAUGCCUUUCCAAGUCCAGGGCCCGCUCCAGCCAGAGCCAACCUCCUGCCUCCUUCUACAGAUGCCCCUCGUUCCUUAAAAACCAAGUCAGUUGACUUUCCUGUUUCACCUGAUUCAAAGGACUUUAGCACCUCCCUUCCUAAGCAGGAAACACUUGUAAGCCCGGCUGAAGAUAGCCUUUUCUGGAGUGAGGCAGACGUGGUCCAGGCAACUGAUAACUUCAACCAAAAUCACAAAAUCAGUGAGGGGACCUUUGCUGACAUCUACAAAGGGCAAAGGCAUGGCACGCCAUUCGUCUUCAAGAAGCUCAGAGAGGUGGCCUACUCAGGUCCAGGACUGGUCGAAAAAUUCUUCCAGGCAGAGGUACAAAUUUGUCAUAGAUGCUGCCACCCCAAUGUCUUACCUCUGCUGGGCUUCUGCACUGGAAAUCAGUUUUACAGCUUGAUCUACCCAUACAUGGCAAAUGGUUCUUUACAGGACAGACUCCAGGGUCAGGGAGGCACAGACCCCCUCCUCUGGCCCCAGCGUGCCGGCAUCUGCUCUGGGCUGCUCCGAGCUGUGGGGCAUCUGCACAGCUUGGAGAUCAUCCACGGCAACGUCAAGAGCUCCAAUGUUUUGCUAGACCAGAACUUCACCCCCAAGCUGGCUCAUCCAAUGGCUCACCUGUGUCCUAACAACAAGAGGUCAAAAUAUACCAUGAUGAAGACUCACCUUUUCCAGGCCUCUGCCGCAUAUCUGCCGGAAGAUUUCAUCAGGGUGGGGCAGCUGACAAAACGAGUGGACAUCUUCAGCUGUGGAAUCGUGCUAGCUGAGGUCCUCACUGGCAUCCCUGCAAUGGAUAACAACCGAAGCCCCGUUUACCUGAAGGAUUUACUCCUCAGUGCAAUCCCCGGCAGCAGCACCUCGCUGUGCGGCAGGAAGACGGGCGUGGAAACGGUGAUGGCUAAGGAGAUCUGCCGGAAGUACCUGGAGAAGGGAGCCGGGCGGCUGCUGGACGACUGCGCCGAGGCCUUGGCCAUGGCCGCCUGCCUCUGCCUGAGGAGGCGGAACGCCAGCUUGGCUGAGGUGUGUGGCUCUGUAGCGGCUGUGGAAAAGCAGCUCAGAGGUCAGGAGACGUUGCUCCCUUUGAGUGGGCUUUCUGAGGGCACAGGCUCUUCCUCCAACACCCCAGAAGAAACAGACGACGUGGACAAUUCCAGCCUCGAGGCCUCCUCCUCCAUGAGGGUAGCACCUGGGGCUGGGGCUACCGCCUCACUCCCUUCAACAGAGGAUGGAGAAGGCAGGCUGCAGGUGUGUGUGGGAGUGCAGGCAGACUCCUUCUCUGUGGCCUCUGCCAGGCCGGAGCCUCCCCAGGAUGCUACAGAGACUUCGUGGAGAAUCGAGAUCAAUGAGGCCAAAAAGAAACUGAUGGAGAAUAUCGUGUUCUACAAAGAAGGGAAACUGGACAGCAUUGAGCUUUUUGGCCCCUGAUAACUAGAGCACAGCUUAUCCUCGAUUGGAAAGACAAACACCAAAUCAAGAAAAAGAUCUGAGGCAGAAUCAUAAUCUCCCAGGAAACACCAAACAUCAGCUUUCCUGGACCAGGGAGAGAAGCUUCCAUCUUGCCAGAGUGAAUUAGGGAAGAAGGGACCUCAGCUUUUCAAGACACAAAAAUCCAUGAAGUCAUCAUUUUUUCUGGGAUUUGUCAAUCAGAGCUGGGGAUCAGGAGACCGAAGCGGAAACCCUGGUCCAUAGGCCCAGGAUGUGGGCAAUUUUGUGGUUUUGGGGUGUGCGUGGUAAUACUGUUACUCAGCUCACACCCCUCAAGAACUGAGGGAGGAUUGUCAGUUGCACUUUCCAAAGUUAAGUCUCUCUGGGUCCUAUUUGCUGACAACCACCUGCAAACUUCCAUGGCCUGAAAGAUUCUCAACUUGUGUCCCAAUGCAGUUCUUAAUUCACAGUCUGGAGUUUACAAAUGCCAGACACCUGGCAAAGAGCUCUGCAGGUUUUCCACGUCUCCCUCAGAAAUCUUGUAACCCACAGAUAUUUAUUUAUGCCUACUCAGCACCUUUAUCGUCCCAUCCCACUAAUGCUAAUAUUUUUAGUGGAGCUUUUGAGAGUAUGUGUUAUUUAUGGGUGAAUGAAGAAUCAGAGAGCUAGUUUUAUGUCCAGUUCUGUUGCUAUUUAAAUCAAUCAUUUAAUUUCUGGAACCUUGGUUUUCUUAUAAGUAACACCUGUUCAUUUUCCUUCCUUGGCUUGUUGAGAGGAACAGGUGAGACAUGGUUGUAGAAGUACUUUGAAAAUGCACUUAUCCUUUUUUAUAAAAUAAAUAAAGACAUUAAACAUAUAUUUCUUCCACGUACCUAAGGUUUAUGGACUGGGUAUUUUUCUGAAAAGUCAUGUUGCAAAUAUUUUUGUGAAACAAAUGCUAUUUUAAAUUCAGUGUGUCCUAUUUUAAA